UCCAUUAUAGGAGCAAUGGGUAACCAAAUGAGCGUUCCCCAAAGAGUUGAAGACCAAGAGAAUGAACCAGAAGCAGAGAUUUACAAGGACAACGCGUCUGCUCAGAACGGGGUUCCAGUGGUGAUGUCGACCCACACAGUUCAGCACUUCGAGGAAGUCGACUUGGGAAUAAGUGUCAAGACGGAUAAUGUGGCCACUUCUUCCCCCGAGAUAAUGGAGAUAAGUGCUGUUGCGGAUGCCAACGGAAAGAAUCUUGGGAAAGAGGCCAAACCCGAGGCACCAGCUGCUAAAUCUCGUUUUUUCUUGAUGCUCUCUCGGCCUGUACCAGGACGUACCGGAGACCAAGCCACAGAUUCAUCCCUUGGAUCAGUGAAGCUUGAUGUCAGCUCCAAUAAAGCUCCAGCAAACAAAGACCCAAGUGAGAACUGGACACUUCCGGUGGCAGCUGGACCGAGGCAGGACACAGAUAAAACCCCAGGGCACGCCCCGGCCCAAGACAAGGUCCUCUCUGCCGCCGGGGAUCCCAUACUUCUCCCACCUGAGGCAGGGGGAGCAGGAGGAGAAGCUCCCUCCAAGCCCAAGGACUCCAGCUUUUUUGACAAAUUCUUCAAGCUGGACAAGGGACAGGAAAACGUGCCAGGUGACAGCCAGCAGGAAGCCAAGAGGGCAGAGCAUCAAGACAAGGUGGACGAGGUUCCUGGAUUAUCAAGGCAGUCCGAUGAUGUCCCUGCAGGGAAGGACAUAGUUGACGGCAAGGAAAAAGAAGGACAAGAAGUUGGAACUGUGAAUUGCUCUGUCCCUGGGGACCCAGAAGGACUGGAGACUGCAAAGGGUGACUCCCAGACAGCAGCUAUAGCGGAGAAUAAUAAUUCCAUCAUGAGUUUCUUUAAAACUCUGGUUUCACCUAACAAAGCUGAAACAAAAAAGGACCCGGAAGACACGGCAUCGAAAGCAGAAAGUGUCUGUGAUGGACAAGCUGGUCAGAAGACAUCUGAGAUCCAGGCUAGAGGCGCCAAGAAAAAGCACCUGGAUAGCCCCAGGCUAGGACUUGCCUUUAGAAAAUUCUUUAGGCAUAAGGGUGCUGAAAAGUCACCCACCACUUCAGCUGACCUUAAGUCAGACAAAGCCAACUUUACAUCCCAGGAGACCCAAGGGGCAGUCAAGAAUCCCAAAGGAUGUAACCCAUCAGGGCACACACAGUCCACCACAACCCCUGAAACUGCGAAGGAAGGCAUCAAGGAGAAAUCAGGCCCCACCUCUCUGCCUCUGGGCAAACUGUUUUGGAAAAAGUCAGUUAAAGAGGACUCAGUCCCCACAGGUGCAGAGGAGAAUGUGGUGUGUGAAUCACCAGUAGAGAUUAUAAAGUCCAAGGAAGUAGAAUCAACCUUACAAACAGUGGACCUCAACGAAGGAGAUGCUACACCCGAACCCACAGAAGCGAAACUCAAAAGAGAAGAAAGCAAACCAAGAACCUCUCUGAUGACGUUUCUCAGGCAAAUGUCAGUGAAAGGGGAUGGAGGGAUCACCCACUCAGAAGAAAUAAAUGGGAAAGACUCCAACUGCCAAACAUCAGACUCCGCAGAAAAGACUAUCACACCGCCAGAGCCAGAACCAACAGGAGCACCCCAGAAGGGCAAAGAGGGCUCCUCGAAGGACAAGAAGUCAGCGGUCGAGAUGAACAAACAGAAGAGCAACAAGCAGGAAGCCAAAGAACCAGCCCAGUGCACAGAGCAGGCCACGGUGGACACGAACUCACUGCAGAAUGGGGACAAGCUCCAAAAGAGACCUGAGAAGCGGCAGCAGUCCCUUGGGGGCUUCUUUAAAGGCCUGGGACCAAAGCGGAUGUUGGAUGCUCAAGUGCAAACAGACCCAGUAUCCAUCGGACCAGUUGGCAAAUCCAAGUAAACAAAUCAGCAUGGUUCCCACCAGGUUCUCCUGCCACCAAGAUGUGUUCUCCUUACUCCAUCUCCUCCUCAAACACGUUCCAUGUAUAUAUUCUUCUGAUAGCCAGCAAAUGAAAUUCUGCCUAGAAAUUAAGCCCGAGCUGUUGUAUAUUGAGGUGUAUUAUUUACGUCUCUGGUCCAGUCUUUUCUGGCAAAUCACUGUAAAGAUGGUUUAGCAGGUCACCUAGUUGGGUUGGAAGAGUUGAUGAUCACCAAGCGGGAAAGGGAGGGAGUAGAGGAAUGUGUUCGGGUUAAGUGAUGAAAAUGGCAGUGGUGGCCGGGUGUGGUGGCUCUUGCCUGUAAUCCCAGCACUUUGGGAGGCCAAGGCGGGUAGAUCACCUGAGGUCAGGAGUUCAAGACUAGCCUGGCCAACAUCGUGAAACCCAUCUCUACUAAAAAUACAAAAAUUAGCCAGUCAUGGUGGCACGCACCUGUAGUCCCAGCUACUCGGGAGCCCGAGGCACGAGAAUCGCUUGUACCCAGGAGGUGGAGGUUGCAGUGAGUGGAAGCUGCACCAUUGCACUCCACCCUGGGCGACAGAGCAAGAUUCUGUCCAAAAAAAAAAAAAGGUAGUGGCAAGUAAGCUGUGGAAGAGAAAUGAUGCUAGAAGGAAUUAAGCGUUGUAGUAAACGUGUGCUCGUCCUCUAAGCUUGAAGAGGGGAGAUGAAAAUCCAUUUGUUUAAAUUCACAUCUCAAGGAGGGAGAACCCGGGCUGUGCUGGACGGUUGCCAAUUUCCUAGAAUGGAAUGUGUGGGGUAUAGAAAAAGGAAUGAAUAAGCGUUGUUUUUCAAAUAGGGUCCUUGUAAGUUAUUGAUGAGAGGGAAAAGAUUGACUGGGGAGGGCUUAAAAUGAUUUGGGAAAACAAUUGCUUUUGAGGCUCAGUGACAAGGGCAAAGAUUACAACUUAAAAAAAAAAAAAAACAAAUAAAGGAAGUUGCACAGUUAUUUUGCAACACAAGGGGGCGGUAAGGUCCCCAUUUUUAUCCUGUAUUCUGUAUCCCUAACAAAGAUUUGGUCUCUGCUUUCUUACAUUAUUAAUGUUUCUCAGAUGGCUGAGGGGCUCGCUUCAUCUGUUCCGUCUGACACUUAUCUCAAGUGUGUCUGUCAUUCCUAAUGUUCUCAGGAUGUGCUUUGAUAAAACCCUCCCCAUAACCUCAGUUAAUAAAAAUUCACAGAAGAUUAUUCAAAUACGUGAGUUGUUUUUAAUACCUGUACAAAGGAGUAAAUAGGACCCUGAGUCUAUUAAAAUGUAAUUCAAAGUAGCAUAUGAUUGACUGACAGUCAUGUAAACUGUAUCUUUCUUUUUCUGAUUUAAUAAAAAAUACAUUUACUUC